UGCGUCUCCCGCAGGCCGUCCUUCUCCGGCUUGGCCGGGACCAGCCUCUGGACCCCGGGCUCGUAGCCCGCGCGCACCAGGAGCUGUCCGCGGUGCUGACCGCAGGCGCUUCCCGCGCUCGGCCGAUGCGCACGCGUCCCGGGAGGGGCGCGCGGGACCCGCCGGCGCCGCCACUGCGCAGCCUCCCGCGGGCUCCCCGCCCGGCGCAGCCUCCCGCGGCCUCCCAGCCGCCGCUCUCGCCCGGGCCGGCCAUGGCGCUCAACAAUUUCCUUUUCGCGCAGUGCGCCUGCUACUUCUUGGCCUUCCUGUUCAGCUUCGUGGUGGUGGUCCCGCUGUCCGAGAACGGCCACGACUUCCGCGGCCGCUGCCUGCUCUUCACCGAGGGCAUGUGGCUGAGCGCCAACCUUACGGUGCAGGAGCGCGAGCGCUUCACGGUGCAGGAGUGGGGCCCACCGGCCGCCUGCCGCUUCAGCCUGCUCGCCAGCCUCCUGUCUCUGCUGCUGGCCGCCGCGCACGCCUGGCGCACGCUCUUCUUCCUCUGCAAGGGACACGAGGGCUCCUUCUUCUCCGCCUUCCUGAACCUCCUGGUCAGCGCCUUCGUGGUCUUCCUGGUCUUCAUUGCCAGCACCAUCGUGAGUGUGGGCUUCACCAUGUGGUGCGACACCAUCACCGAGAAGGGCACCGUAGCCCACAGCUGUGAAGAGCUUCAGGACAUCGACUUGGAGCUGGGUGUGGACAACUCCGCCUUCUACGAUCAGUUUGCAAUUGCCCAGUUUGGCCUCUGGGCCUCAUGGCUGGCCUGGCUGGCCAUCACCACGCUGGCCUUCCUGAAGGUGUACCACAACUACCGUCAGGAGGACCUGCUGGACAGCCUGAUCCACGAGAAGGAGCUGCUGCUGGCCCGGCCGUCCCCACGCACCUCCUUCCAUGAGGAGAAGAGCGCCGUCAUUUAGGCACGGCGCGGGCAGGGGAGCUGGCCCCUGACCUCCUGGCUGUGCUUGGGGGCGUGGGCCUGCCUGGGGAAGCAGCUGGGGGGCUCUGCCUGGGCCCUGGCCACAUGCAGCCCUGCGUGUGUCCCCUCGAGCGUAGCGAGGUGAGCGCCCCAGUGCCCACUUGUGAGCCUAGCAGUGGACUGGGUGGGUGCUGGCUCCCUAAUGAGGAUGGUGCAGAGAGACUAUGGGUGUGGGGCGGGGGGUGGGGGGCACCUCCAGGCCUCGCACAGGGCCCCAUGGCUGUCCCAGUAGGACCUGACUGGCCAGCCUGGGUGGAGGGUGUCCAGCUGGUCUCCCCCAACCCUGGCCAGAUGCUGUCUCCAUGCCAGCUGGCCCAGCGGUGGCCAGACGUCACUCAGCCCUGAACGAAUUCUGCAUGAAUUCUGCCAUCCAGGCAGUGGCUACGUGUGGGGAGGAGCUCACGGCACCUUCCAGCCUCUG